UCCGCCCCUCGACGCGGCGGGCGCGGCGCUGCUCCCCUCACCGGGAGGCGGCGCGGGCGGUCGGGGCGGUUCGGGCCGCUUAGGGCCGCGCUGGCCCGGGAGAACCAGAGCUGCGCUAAGGCGAGGGGAAAGGGGCGAGAUGGCGUCGUGCGUGGGGAGCCGGACCCUGAGCAAGGACGAUGUGAACUACCGCCUGCACUUCCGCAUGAUCAACGAGCAGCAGGUGGAGGACAUCACGCUGGAGUUCUUCUACCGCCCGCACACCAUCACCCUCCUCAGCUUCACCAUCCUCAGCCUCAUGGCCUUCGCCUUCACCAGGGAUGAUUCUGUCCCAGAGGAUAAUAUUUGGAGGGGUAUCCUCUCUGUGAUUUUCUUCUUUUUAAUCAUCAGUGUUCUAGCUUUUCCUAAUGGACCUUUUACACGUCCCCACCCUGCAAUAUGGAGAAUGGUAUUUGGUCUCAGUGUGCUCUAUUUUCUGUUCCUGGUGUUCGUGCUCUUCCUUAACUUUGAGCAGGUAAAAGCAGUGAUGUACUGGCUGGAUCCAAACCUUCGAUAUGCCACAAGGGAAGCAGAUAUCAUGGAAUAUGCUGUGAACUGCCAUGUUAUCACGUGGGAGAGAAUCCUCAGCCACUUUGAUAUAUUUGCUUUUGGGCAUUUCUGGGGCUGGGCUAUGAAGGCUUUGCUGAUCCGCAGCUACGGCCUGUGCUGGACUAUCAGCAUCACCUGGGAGCUCACUGAGCUCUUCUUCAUGCACCUUCUGCCUAAUUUUGCUGAAUGCUGGUGGGAUCAAGUAAUUUUGGACAUCCUGCUUUGUAAUGGGGGUGGCAUCUGGUUGGGCAUGGUAGUUUGUCGCUUCUUGGAGAUGAGGACCUAUCACUGGGCAAGCUUCAAGGACAUUCAUACAACCACAGGGAAAAUCAAAAGAGCUGUGUUACAGUUCACCCCAGCCAGCUGGACCUACGUCCGCUGGUUUGACCCCAAGUCUUCCUUUCAAAGAGUGGCUGGAAUCUAUCUUUUCAUGAUCAUUUGGCAGCUGACUGAGCUGAACACAUUCUUUUUAAAGCACAUCUUUGUGUUCCAAGCAAGCCAUCCUUUAAGCUGGGGAAGAAUUCUCUUCAUAGGAAUCAUUACAGCACCCACCGUGAGGCAAUACUACGCUUACCUCACAGAUACGCAGUGCAAGAGGGUGGGAACUCAGUGCUGGGUUUUUGGGGUUAUUGCUUUCCUUGAAGCUAUUGUGUGCAUAAAGUUUGGACAAGAUCUUUUUUCCAAAACACAAAUUCUGUACGUUGUGUUUUGGCUUCUCUGUGUGGCCUUUACAACUUUCCUGUGUUUAUAUGGUAUGGUUUGGUAUGCAGAAUACUACGGCCACCGAGAAAAGACCUUAUCAGAAAGUGAAGACAGCCCAUACAGUCCAGACGCCUCCUGGCUUCAUUCUAAAUUCAGCAGAGGUGCUGAAAAUAGUCCACCAAAACAUUCAGUCAAUAGUGAAAGCCAUUCAUCCAGAAGGAGGAAUCGCCACUCCAAAUCAAAAGUAACAAAUGGAAUCAGCAAGAAAUAAGAAUGGUUUCUGAACAAUAUCCUACAGUGUAACCAGAGACGACAAAGAAAAUCAGACCUGGCUCUGAAUUUCCAAAUGGAAGAUUGAUUUUAAAUUUAAAGGUCAAAAAAGAAGGUGUUAGAAGAAAAAGAUCGUCAAGAUGGAGAUGCCAAUGUACUGCAAAUCAUUGCCUUCUGACACUUUUGCCAUUCACUGGUUUAAAUCUAGUUUCUUCAGCAUGUGGCACCAAAAGCUAAUGGAGAAUAUGCUGGAAAGAAAAAAUAAUUUUGAUAUAGCAGGUACACCUGGUUUUAUGUUCUGAUGUUUCAAGUGCAUUUUUAAUGUCUUAGCUGAGGACUUGAACACAAAGGUUACUAAACUGAUAAUCAGUUGGCUGAUUGGAUAAUCAGUUUCAUUCUGUUUUACUCUAUUUUUGUUGUUUUCAAGAAGAGUAUGCAAUCCUUUGACAAAAAGUAACUCUGUCCCUCAGUCUCACAAUUAAACUUUUGUAUGUAAGCAUUUUUUUUGUAGUAAGCAUUUAGAAUUUCCAUACUUAUAUCCAUUUGCUUACUUUCAUGUAAAGGCCCUUCAGACCUGGUGGCAGGGUUUUACCAGCAAAGAAAUGGGUCCAGAUUUCUUUUAAAAGAUGUGGAAAUGACCUUCAAACACAUUUCUUUAAUUUUGUUUUGCAUUUUCUUUCUGCUUGAUUGUUAUGUGUUCCAUUUCUUUUGAGUUUUUAUAAUACUUAGAGAAAACUUGUUGCAAGGAAGAGGGCCAUGCCAUUUAGUUGCUUUUCCUUCUUUACCACAGUGUGUUUUACAUCUUCAAGUGCAAAUAUGUGAUUUUUUCAGCUGUGUCACAUUGUGUAUAAUGUUCUUUCCCACAUCCCUCUAAUUUGCCUCUGUCUCUGUUGGAAACAGAAAUCCCAGUAUUCAUAUUGAUACCAGAAACUGCUCUGAAGGCUCUGCCCUGCUAAGCCUGGUGAUAAGGCAGUUUUUUUGCUGAAAUUGAGUUGCUUAUUACUGCCAUAAUAAUAAUUAUUUGUGAAGGCUUGUCACAGUCUUUGGUGUCUAAAAGACAGAAUGGUAUUACUCAGAUAUACCCCCCUGCUUUGAUACUGCCUAUCAUGCAGCCAGUUACCCAACAGCAAAGUUACUCUUUCUACAGGAUUUUUAAUUUUUUUUUUUUUGGUGUGUGUGUUGGGUUGUGUUUUGUGUUUGUUUGGUUUAAUGUAGCAAUUCUGACAUCUUGCAAAGCAGAUAAUUCUCCAGCACUGAACUUAAUGAUUAGGUCAAGAGGUAAACAAUCAAGAGCAACCUGUUCCUAUGUUAACUUAUUAAAAAGUUUGUGUGCCAAUUAGAUUUUUGGAUUCAUGGGGUUCACAGGAUUAGAUAGGCUACGCAAGAAUAAGUAAUACCCCUUUUUGCCACAUAAUCUUAAUAACAAAAUGUGAUUUCCUUUUUUCCGUGAAUAUUACUGUGAUUUGCCACAGACUAAGUACUAAAAAAAUGCAACAGAGACUUUAUAUAAGUGUGUGAUACUGUAAAUAGAAAAAAAUCUCCUAUGUAAUCCAUCCAUUCCUAUGUGCCACAGAUUAUCAAUAUUUUCAAUGCACUUAAGUGUUGCUGCUCAAUUCUUCAGAGGCUUUUCAUUUUCCAACCCCCCCCCCCCUUUUCAAUCAAACAUAAAGUGUACACCUUGGGAACUAACAUAGUAGAAGAUUAAAUGUUACAUGAGAAAAAAGUGUUAA